GGGACUUGGGCCGUGCUUUAUCAGGCCGGCCCAAGGCACGACGGCCCGGCACGCUAGAAAGCACGGUCCGGCACAGCCCGUACGUGGGCCGUGCCUGGGCCUGGACAACGGGCACGACGGGCGGCACGGCACGUAAACGGCCCGAUGGUCCAUGGCACGAUAAUGGCCCGAUGGGCUUUUCUCAUCCAUCCAUCAGGCGCCGUGCUUGUGCCGGCCCGGCACGAAUAGGCCCAUCGGGCCAUUGGGCCGUGCUUGGGCGGCGUCCAUGAAGACGCCGUGCUGGCACGGCCCGAUUUGGCACGAAGCACGCUGGGCCGUGCCUAGCCCGGAACGGCCCAUGUCCCAGCUCUAACCGUCGCUAACAAACUCCUCCUCUCGUCUUCCUCCGCACGCCACGCGCCCACGCCUCGCCGUCGCCGAUGAGAGGAGAGGAGCCCGCUUGGUGACGCGAGCGCCCGCGCGCGCGAGGCGACCACCGGCGGGGCGGCGGGAGCAAUGGAGGUAUUCCAGGACGUGGAGUCCGUCCGGCUUCGGUCGCGGGUGGACGGCAGCGUCGGCAGGUACCUCCUCGCCAGCGAAGACGAUCAACGCCGAGGCCGAGGGCGGCGACGGCGUCCUCCUCCCGGGCCACGUGCUCCUCCGCGGCGCCUACGGCCGCUAUCUCGGUGCCCCCGACGCCAUCAGCCACUUCUGGGCGCGCCCUUCUGCUUCUGGCCCGCCGCCGGGCAGCGCGACUUCGACAGGGAGGAGGUGAGGUCGACGCCAUCAUGUGGCGUGCCGUCGGGCUGGGCGCCGGCGGCUGGCGACGGCGUCGUCCUGCUGCACGACAAGUACGACCGCGCGCUACCUGCGCGUCAACGAGAGGUGGCUCCCGUGCCUCGCCGGCGUCGCGGCCUUCAACGACGGCGACCUCAACAUCCCGAUGCAGUGGGAGGUGCUUCCCGUCCCCACAACUCUCUUCAGGCGAGACAUCCCGGCCAUGGGCCAUAGACUUGAGUACCUGCCUCGCAGCUGGGAGACCCUGCACGUCGUCCUUGUCAAGUCCAACACCGCAGGUUGAUGUGAUGGGAAAAGUAGGAAGUUUGGAUGAAAACUUUGGAUCUAAACACACCCUCAGUUGAGGUUCCAUGGUUUCACUGAAAGAGGGGGUUCCACCUGAAACUUUCCCCAGAUGUUUAUGGGUACUUGACAGGACCGUCGACAGAAGGUUCGUCAGCUUAUUAGAGACAGACUCCGUGAAUCCUUUUGUGCUGAACUUGUUUUGUUGGUACUUGACACAAGUUUCGUUGGUCGAUUAGCGACAGAGAGUAGAUUUUUCUGCCGAUGCUGAAUAUAGUUUUAUGUUGCUCUCAGAUGCGCAACGACUCGCAUUCUCGCAAGAUUAACUCCUUUGAGCAGAUUCGUUUCGUUUCCAGCGAGCAGAACAAGUUCAGAUGUUCUCUGAAUCUUCAGAGUUUUAGAGGUCUGAUUCAGAGUCUAGGAGUUUCAGAAUUGAAGCUUGCUCCAAUGGAACGAUUCUCCAGAAUUAACUGGACUAGCUAGUUAAUGAGUUAUUAAGAACAGUUAACUACCGAAGGAAGAUGGUGGAUGAUCGAACGGUGGGAGUGAAACGAAACCUGAUAGUUACUGUGGAGGACUGCUUACUUUCCGUUUUAACUUUUUCAUCCUUAACCGCAGUUGAAACCGCCGAUGUGAGCAGGAAAUUACAGUGGUAAUAUUCGCGUUUUGGGGCACAUAAUCCAGAGGCAGUUGAAUAUGUAAUUUGAGAUGGAGACGAAUUAACCCACCAACACAAGAGGUUAACAGUGAAUUCGAAUCGGGCUCAGUACGUGCACUACACAGACUCUCGCACUAUAUCUAUAUUUUUGCUUCGGUGCCCGAAGCGAGCCGACCACACUAGCCUCGCCUCGCCACGCCACGCCACGCCGCCGAAAUUUCAUCGAGUUCUUGACCCCCUCGCUGACGAAGAAUUAAUCAAUGGCGGAGCCGCCGCCGUCGCCGACGACGACGACGACCCAACAGGCGUGCGCCGCGUGCGCACACCACGGGGCAAGCAGCUGCCCGCCGAACUGCGCCCCCCCCCCCCCCCCGGCCGACAAGCCGAAGCGCUUCUGGUACGCGCGCCUCAUGUUCGGCAUGGAGAGGAUCCUCGGCUUCUCGGAGGCGGAGAAGCAGGGGAUCCGGCCCAACGGCUCCACCGUGAUUAGCAUGGCGGCCGUCGUCUACCUCGCCGACGCGAGGGUCGAGGACCCCAUCCUUGGCGCCUACGGCCGGAUUCUCAAGCUCCAGCAGCAGCUCGACCGCCUCAAGGCCGAGCGCGCUCGCCAACACCAUCCGGCAACGUCAAGCCCAGCCCCAGCCGACGACGUCGCCCUCCAGCCCGAGCCCUUCCACCAGCCGCCGGCGCAGCCGUCGACGCCGCCGGCGUUAGCGAUACCGGACGAGGAGGAGGAGGAGGACAACGACGACGACGAGGACGAGGACGAGGAGGAGGGUCAAGAGGACGGGGAGGGUCACGCGCCUGCAGAUGAUGAUGUGCCUUGUGCCAAAAGGAGAAAGCAUAAUUAAUUAACGAGCUAGAUUUAAGUUCUUAAUUAUCCAGGAUUAUUAGGUCAUUUAUUACACUUCUGCAAUCCCUGAAUUCAAAGUUAGCUAUCCCCAUAUUUCAUCAACUGUUUGGCUUCAUGCAUAUGUUUUUUUUAUUUUUGGGCACUGUAGCAUUUGUUUCGAUGUAGCACGUUAUCAAAGUAAUACUAUAGAGAAAUUUUAUCGUACUUGAAAAA